AUGGCGUCUGAGUCCUCCUCCAACAAUGCCGAAAUUACUUCCAUUUUCAGCUCAAGCUCCGGCGAGCACCGAUGGGUCAUUCAAAUGGCGAAGAACUUCGAGAUAAUUGACAUUGACAUAACACCUUGCAUCUCUCGAGUACCCGAAACUUUACGAGCCGAGAAGUCGGAAGCUUAUGCCCCGAAGCGAACAGGCCUCGGACCAUAUCACCAUUUUCUGCCCGACCUCUAUGAUCUUAUGGAAAGGAAGAAGCUAACUAUAAUAAAAAGUGCUGUAAAACAGGACAAGAAUGGCAAAUUCCCACAAACCAUGAUCAAUAAACUGAAGAAGCUUGAGCCCAAACUCCGGCCAUGCUAUGACAAGCUCUUGGAUCUUGAUGGCGAAACAUUAGCAUGGAUAUGGGCAAUUGAUGGUUUGUACUUGCAUCAAAACUUAGGUAAGAAUUUUUUGGAACAGGACAUAUUUAUGUUGGAGAACCAAAUUCCUUUUCUUCUGUUAGAAGAAAUCGAGGAUCAUAUCAGCCAAUACAAAUUGUCAGACAAAGUAGUACGUGAUUUCUGUGAGGUACACUCACCGUUAAAAUGGACACAAAAGCAGGGGCAUCGUCACGAUAAACAACACGAACCUGCUCAUCUGCUGGAUUGUAUGUACCAUUUAGUUGUAACCGACGGGCACAUCAGGCUGAAAGUGGGAAGCAAGGCUCGAAUGACAGGAGGAGGGCUUGAAAGCACUGCAACUUCUAUUUUAGAAGAACUUCAGAAACUUGCCGAUCUCAUAAAACAACUGCAUUUGGAUAAGAUUUGUGCUCCAUUGUUCAAAAAACCUAAUACAGCACUCGAGAUCGAAAUUCCUUUUGUGUCAAGCCUUCAAAAAAUUGGAGUGAAAUUCGCCAUCGCGGAAGGGGGUAUUAGUAUUGAAAAACUUAAGAACAGAGUGCAGAAAGCUAAGGAGAGAAAAGAUGAAGAAGAGAAUCAUACUCAUUCCAUAUAUUUUGCUUGCCAGCUGGGUCUACCGACUCUACCAGUAACCGUAAGCUUGCAGAAUACAUCGAAGGCAAUCUUUCUCAUUAUCAAAAUUGCAGAUAUUUUCAACAGGAUAACAAAAUCCACUGAUAAACAAUCUGAACUUGUUGGAAAAGUUAACAGGCAUUACGAUAGUAUGCUAAUAGUGAAGGUCUGGAGAUUCGUCAAGAAAUGUUUGGAUUCGUCCUGGAAUUUUGUCCAAGCGUCACGGAAGGUCUUGUGCUUCUUUUAUUCCCUCAUUCUAAUCGCAGUGCUGAUCUUGCAAGCCUUCUGCGACAUCUAUGGCUGCAGUAAGGGACAGAGCCAAAAUUUUAUCUUCAGAGAGGCCGAGUAG